AUGCGAGCAGCGUCUUUUGCAAAGGUGUGGGGGAUCCCCUGCGCUUUCUGAUGCCUCCUGUUCCAGCCUCACCUACACGCGCGCACCCCUGCUGCACGCACGCUGGCAGCAUCUCUCUCCUCUCUCUCUCUCUCUCUCCCUUCUCUCCCUUUCAGGCCCGAGGUGUGUGUGCCCGCCAGCGAGUAAUAAAUGGCAGUGACUAGCAGCAGUGCGUGGCUGCUAGUCAGCUGAGCGAGCUCCAGCGCUGUGCAGCAGCUGGCCGUGUACUGUGUGUGCUGCGCUGCGGUUGCUCUUCCCUUCCCCGACUGCGUCUGGCUCGCUUGGGCGGAUUUCUUCGUCAAGGAGGAGGGGGGAAAAGGUGCCCCGUUUGUCGCUCCAGUCCGUUGCAGAGAUCCAAUCGACUUUUGUGCUGCUCGUCAAGAAACGGCAUUUUUGUGCUGCUCGCCCAGAGAUUCCCCUCCAAAGUUUGUUGCUUGGAGCCGAUUUGGGCCAAGAAAGGGCCAAAAGGCGCCGCAAAUCCGUUACCGUCCCAGAAAAUCCCAAAACGCCUCGUCGUCGUAUUUGAUCGUUGGCGACCUGGCUCGAUCCAUCUGAGUGGAGAGGAGGAGGAGGAGGAGGAGGAGGAGGAGGAGGAGGAGGAGGAGGAGAAGGGAGGAGAGGAGAGGAGAGGGCCUCCUCCUCCGAGCAGCCGCAUUGCCGCCUGUCGAUGAGUGAGCGCUGCCUCCGAUGCUGUCGGGGUGUUCGGUGUCCAGUCUCGCGGCGCGGUUCGCCUUCUUCCCGCCGGAGCCGGCGACGUACGCCGUCCGGAAGGACGAGGCCACCGGCCGCCUUGUCGCCUCCGGCGUGCCGCGGGACAACGCCCUCGACGUGCUGCUCGUCGACACCAGGAGGGGGAACAAGGUGGUGGCCUUCUACUUCCGCAACCCCUGCGCGCGCCUCACCCUGCUCUACUCGCACGGCAACGCCGCCGACCUCGGCCAGCUCUACGACCUCUUUGUGCAGCUCAAGAUAUGACUACUCUGGCUAUGGCGCAUCUACUGGCAAGCCAAGUGAAGAAAAUACAUAUGCAGACAUUGAAGCAGUUUACCAAUGCUUAGAAACCGAGUAUGGGAUCAGCCAGGAAGAUAUUAUCUUGUAUGGACAAUCUGUGGGCAGUGGGCCAACAUUACAUUUAGCAUCCCGUCUGCCUAGAUUGCGCGGGGUGGUUCUCCACAGCGCUAUACUGUCAGGCCUCCGUGUUGUUUGCCAUGUGAACUUUAAUUUGUGCUUUGACAUUUACAAAAAUGUCAAGAAAAUAAAAAAGGUCAAAUGCCCAGUGCUCGUUACUCAUGGGACAGAUGACGAUGUUGUGAACUGGUCACAUGGUAAGGAGCUGUGGAAACUGGCAAGGGAGCCUUACGAUCCACUCUGGAUCAAAGGGGGAGGUCACUGCAACCUGGAGCUGUACCCUGACUUCAUCCGCCACCUCUCCCGUUUCAUCCGUGAAAUGGAGACCAUCACAACAAAAAUCCGACUCAAGAAGAUUAGACAGUCCCUCCAGCCCAGAAAGAAGGCCCACCGCGUGAGCACGGCCACAACAACAACCUUCACCACUAACUGCUGCUGCCGCAUUCGAGUUCGCAAACCGACCUGCCCCAGCUGCAACUUCAGCUGCGGCUGCUGCGGGCUGAGGAACUGCUUCACAUUCCGUUUCUUGAGGUGCUGCCCUUCCUGCUUCUCCUGCGGCAGCUGCUGCUCCUGCCGGAGCUGCUUCAAGUGCUGCUGUUGUGGAGACGAGCGUUAAUGCUUCCGAUCUUUGUGCGCGCGCGUGUAUAGUAAAGAGGAAUGAUCCCGAGAUAUCUACUAACCCUUUAAAUGCCGUAGGACUAAAAGCUAGAUUUGAGUUAACUGAACAUUGUGCAACAGAUAGACUCCCGUACUUGUCCAUCGUAUCCGAUUCUACCUGUCCACCAUUGUAGUUGCAUGUCAGAUUCAUCUAAUUAUUGACAUAACCCGUUCGCUGUUGAGUUUAGAACAAUGUUAAUGCCUGAACUGAAUCUUCUUUCCAUCUAUAAUUCUAUUAUCUUUAGGUGGUUCUGGUAA